UCAGUUGCCUGAAGUUAGGGCGUGGAAGCUAUCAAGGACGUGUAGGGAGCGCUGAGAAGUGCAAUAACCCUAGCUUCAAGCCCGUCCACGUAAGCAGUCCCUAAAUACGAGUAUAGGCAUGCCACGGUCAGAGGUCGCGUGCGCAGUAAGAGCUCCAGAUCUAGUUACUAGAAACCCUAUUCCUCUCGUUCGCAGUAAGAGCUCUCACCCCCUCGUCAAUAGGGAUGCGCCGUCGCUCCCCCAAGCGCACUCUCCGCGGGAACACGCAGGCGCGCACGGCCGCCUUUCCUCGUGCGGAAUGGAGCUGCGCGGACACGCGGAGAGCUUGAGCAGACACGCGGAACGUGGCGGGUGGCGGGAGCUUAGCGCCGCAGACCCCAGGCGCAAUAACGCAGGCCUCGAUAAUAGGAGCCCCGAUAGCAGAGAUGGAGACGCAGGCAGCAGCGCUGGCCAAUCACGCUCGUCCGAUUCUUCCGCGCGACCCUCGUCGCGAUCCCCGUCAGCUUUAGCGCUCCGCCGCGCUCGUCCGCCGCGUCUCCAGCUUCCCGCUCAACCGGGCAGCACCGCAAUCGGCGGCAGCGCGAAUGGCAGCAGCGGCCGCGGCGGCGGCGGUGGCGGUGGCGGUGGCGGUGGCGGUGGUGGUGGUGACGGCGGCGGUGGCGGCGGUGGCGGUGGCGACGGCAACGGCUGCAGCAGCGGCAGCGGAAGCCGCGUUUCCCCGUCGUGCGCGUCCGGAUCUGCGCGAUUUUCUCCCGCCGGGCGGUUCACCCCCUCCCCCCGCUCCGCCGUUCCCUGGUCCCCCACGGAUUCGACUUGCUCCGCCCCGCCCACUCUUUCCCGCCCUCUGCGCUCCCCCGCCUCCCCCGCUUCCUCCGCGAAUCCCCCCGCCGCUUCCAACUCGCUCUGUCUCGCAAGCCCUCAAAGCACCCCGAGCGAAACCCCCCAAGAGAUGGUUGCCCCGUCGCCUAGGACCCGCGGAAGUGCGUCGCGCAGGUUCCGCGGGGGGGUUGCGGAGUCCCGCGGAGUGCCUCCGCCUGCGCGCGCGCAGCGGUCCGGCGGGGCGGCGGGGGGAGCGGUGGCGGCGAAGGUGGCCGCGCUUCGACUGGAUGACGUGGCGGAGGUUUAUUCGUCGGAUGAGGAGUUCCUGGACAUGUUCUGCGAACGCGACUCGGGUAUUCGCGACGACUUUCGCGAACAAGGAGUGCGCGACCACACUAGCAGCGGGAACAGCGUCGCAGGGCGACAAUCGUCGCCGACCGUCGCAGGCCUCUCUGCGACUGGAGCGCCGUCGUUGGCGCAGCGCUUCUCUUUGCCGCACUCUCUCUCCGUCCCCCUCCCCCCGCCUUCUCCCGUAAGCGCGCGGCGGGCGCUGCGCAAAGCGUCGAGCUACAGCGACGAGAAGAACGGGGGCAGCGGAAGCGGUUGGCGCAACUCCCGCUUGGCGCAGGGUAAGGCGGGCGGGUUUCACUGCUACGUGGUGGAGGAGUCCCCGCGCACUCCCGCAGGGAGCCGCGCGGAUGGUUCCGCAAAAGGGCCCGCGCAAGGGCCCGCGGAAAGGCUCGCGGAAGGGCCCGCGCAAGGAUCCGCGGACGGAGGUGUUUGGGUUUCUCGCACCGACGCAGGUGACAAUCGCGCGACUUACGGUGGGGCGUGGAGUCAUUCUGACCGUUGGAUCGACGACGCGGACGAUUCGAUGCCGCCCACGCCGCGACGUCAGCAGCAGCAGCCGCCGACGCAGCAGCAGUCGAUGCAGCAGCAGCAGCAGUCGACGCAGCAGCAGCGGCAGAAGCAGCAAGAAGCGGGGCAGGAGCGACAGGAGAAGACAGAGACGCAUCAGCAGCCGACCCAGCACCAGCAACAGCAGCGGCGGCGCGAGCUUCAGAAGCAACGGUCAGCUCCCGGAAGUCGAGGCGGCUCGAGAUCCGGACGCCACGCGCCGCGCGACAUUACGGGGAGUGAAAGCGCGGUAGUUACUCACAAGACGAUAAGUCAGUCUCGAACCCAUCCCGUGGCGAUAACCAGCGUUGUGGCGAAUGACAAUAGGCCAACCAGCGGAGUUGCGCCAACCAGCGGAGUUGCGCCAACCAGCGGAGUUGCGCCAACCAGCGGAGUGGCGCAGACUCACCCCGCAUCUCGCGGAGACGGCGCGCGUGUCUCAUCACUUACGAGUCGCGGCUCGGCGGGGGCUUUAAGUGGGCGAUCGCGAAGCUCGUCGGAUCUGCUGCGCACCAAUGCCUCCCCGCUUCUCCCGCCUUCCCCUUCCGCCGCUUCCCCCUCCGCCGCUUCCCCUUCCGCCCCUUCCCCUUCCGCUGUUUCCCCUUCCCCUGCCUUCCCGCACUCUCUCUCCGCUCCCCCUGUCCGCCCCGCGCCCGCUCCCCACUCCCCCUCCUCCUCCUCUUCCGCCGCCCCCUCCCCCUCGUCGCCUUCCCCUUCCUUCCCCGCCUUCCCGCGCACCCCGCUUUCACGCCCUAGUAUUAGAGUCGCCACCGUUACUGCUCGAACCGCGGUGGCUGCUCCAACCUCCCCUCGCUAUUGUCCCACGUCGCCACGUCAUUGUCCGCCUUCGCCGCGUCAGCAACCCCCAUCAUCGCCACGUCACAUUCCGUCCUCGCCACGUCACAACCCGUCUUCGCCACGCCACAUACCUUAUUCGCCAGAUCAGCAGGCCCCCGUCUCGCCACGUCAUUUCCCGACCUCUCCACGUCACUACCCCCCCUCUCCACGUCACUGCCCCUCCUCGCCACGUCACUACCCCCCCUCGCCACGUCACUGCCCCUCCUCUCCACGUCAACUUCCUGGAUCCCCACGUCAGCUUGACGCGGCGCCCUUGUCUCCUCGUCGCCCGACGGGGAUCGCGGCGGCGAUCGCGGCGCAUGCGGCGGCGGACGCGGCGGCGGCGAUUUCGUCCGACGUGGACUCGGACGAGGAGGCGAUGGGGAUCUUAAACGCGCUGCGGCGGUCGCGCAGCAACCCGCGACUCGCGCCGACGACGCUCCCGCUAGUAGGAUCAUCAGCUGCUCAAGGCUCUGCGAAAGUGACCGCGGAAGGCCCUGCGACUGCCAGCGGUGGUGGGGAUGGUGGAGGGGGUGGUGGUGGCGUGUACGCGUCUUCUGCAGGCCACAGUAAACAAAGCUACAGUGAAAAAAACUACAGUGAACAAAGUUACAAUGAAUUUAGCAAUGGUCAGUUGCACAGAAAUAAGAGCGCUGGUAGUGUGGUGACGGGGAGGAGGUCUCUGGACAACCCUCGAUUUUUGGGGGGGUUUCAGAAUCAACCCCGCGCUAGAGACGCGGAAAAUAUUAUCCCGCCAGAAUCACCGGCUUCGGAUUAUUUCGUUCCCCUGCGCCGCCAGGGCUCCCUUGCAAGUGGCAUGAACAGUGCUGGUUCUUCGGGCGGCGGAACGGGCGGUAGGAUGAGCCGUGGGGCGGGUAGCACCAGGCGGCUGGAGAGUCUACCGCCAGCAGAACGGACAAGGCCCAGCAGCAGCCAUGGGCUUGUUGGCAGAAACGGCCCUGCUUAUAAGGGGGAUAUCCAGGCGGGGGUGGGGAAAACGGAGGUUGAAGGGGCGAGACGGAGAGGUGAGAAGGUGGGGAGGAAGGGUGGGAGGGUGAGUGAGGUAGGAAAUAUGAGUGAGGGGGGGGAGUGUGAGAGACGGAGGAGGUACGGCGCCGGGCUGGGCACUCCGUUGCUGGUGGGGAGGGGGAGGGAGAUUGGCGACAUGAGUGAGGGGGGAGGUUGUGAGAGAAGGAGAAGGUAUGGCGCUGGCACUGGCACUGGCACUGGCACUGGCACUGGCACUGGCACUGGCAGUCCGUGGCUGGUGCGGGAUCGAUCAAGAGGCUCUCAGCAAGGGGAAGAGAGGAGGGAGUGCCGUGCUGGACAGGCUGAGGCUGGCGCGGUGAUUCAGGGUGACUCGGGAGACGUGGGCGCUGCUUCUGAACAGGCGUUGCGUGAAGAACGAAGCGGGGAUUGCAGGGAUGGGAGGGAUGGGAGGGAUGGGAGGGAUGGGAGGGAUGGGAGGGAUGGGAGGGAUGGGAGGGAUUGCAGGGAUGGGAGAGGUCAGAGGAGCUGGGAGAGCAUGGGUUUUCCAGGGAGUAUUAACGAGGAGAGAACCCUAAACCCUGACCUCGGGGCGUGGGGGCGUGUCGUGGGGAGUCGCAGCUUCACAGCGGGUGGAAGCGAAGCGCUGGUUGGGGCGGGCGAAAGAAGCCCACUGACUGACAGCCGUGGCAGCCGGAGCUGCUCCUGGCUUAGAGGCAGUGCCAGUGGCAGCAGCAGCGGGAGCAUCGGCAUCGGUAGCAGCAGUGGCAGCAUCAGGGUCGGCAGCAGCAGCGGCAGUAUAAACACCAACAGCGGCAGUAUGAGCAUCAAUAGCGGCAGUAACAGCAGCAGCAGGAAAGUUGCUGCGAGCAGCGGCAGUAGCAGCAGGGAGUUGGUUCCUUCAGCUCCAGUGGGAUCCGUGGCAGCAGCAGCAGCCGCUGCAGCUGCUGAUGCCGACAUGAAGUCAGAUGCUAUUUUCGAAUUGCACAGUGCUCACAGUGGUGCCAUGAGAAGGAGGUCUACUGAUAGCGGUUUGAACAGCCUAGUUUUGGAUUACCUUUAUGGGGAAUCUGACGAAGAGCAGUUUCGUUACGGAGUAACCGGCUUGGCGGAUUGGACUGGGGGAAAGGAGGAGGUGCUAGCAGCAAGGGAGCUGGUCCGAAGGGGAGAACCUAGCUAUGGAGAUGUGUGCCAAGAGCCGGGAUUUCCUGGCUUCCGGGAAUAUCGUCUGGAUGCUUAUAUGGAGGAUGAGGACGAAUUCGAAUUCGGUCAUCCUCUCAGGAGUCGCAGCUUGACUGCAAGGUCUGUUGGUACAGUGCCGUACUCUUCAAGGGAAUACGGUUUGGAGACUGCUGGUGGUGGUGCCCGCAGUAGCAGCAGUGGCUGUGAUUAUACGCUCGAUGAACAGUACAGAAACCUGAGGGAAGAAGGUGGCAUUAUGGCGCAAUACUGUACUAAUGGGGCGACUCAGCAGCAGCAGGACGAAGCGGGCUUGUGGGGUGGAGGGGAGAGUGCGGGAUGGGGGGAGAUUAGAAAAUCGAGGACUCUCCCGAUUGAUCCCAUCUUUCAUGACAUUUGAGAGAUGGGUAGGCUUAUUGGAGGCAAUUAUUUAUCCAAUCUGCUCAAAUGUCUGAUUUCCCCUUGAUUUGUUGUAAUAUGAUGCCCAGUUUGUUUC